GGGCAGCAAUGGCGGCGCCCUCGGCCCCGCCGGCCGCCGCCGCCCUCACGGUGCUGCUGUCGGUCGGUGCCUCCGCGCCCGGGCUGCUCUGGGGUGUCCCCGCCGGCCGCUCCGCCGCCGCGCUGCGCCCCGCAGCCCUGCACGACGGGGAAGUUCACAGGUUGAUCACCUACAUCUUCAUCUACGAGGACCUGAUCUCGCUGGCCUGUGGUGCUGUUAUCAUCUGGUACUUUGCUGGCAGCUUUGAGAAGAAUGUGGGCACAGUGAAGCACUGCAUCCUCACUGCCACUUUCUCCGUGCUCUCUGCCCUCCUGUACCUCUUCCUCCAGCCCCUUGUCUCCAGGCUGCUGCAAGUGGGAGAUGCCAAAGGGUUCAUGCCAGUGGCUUUUGCCACGCUGGGGGUUUCCACCACGCGCUCACGCAUGAGGAGCACUCUGCUUUUUGGGUGCAGAGUUCCUGUGGUGCUGGUGCCCUGGCUUGGGCUCUGCAUAGCUUGGUUUGUCCCCCACUCUUCCCUCCUGGGGAACCUGUGUGGGCUCCUGGUUGGGGAAGCCUAUGGUCUUGGCUACUGUUUCUGCUUGGAUUUUCCAGACUCUGUGGGCUCUAAGCUGGACCGAGUGUUCCCUUUCACUCUGCUGAGGAGGAUACCAGGGCUGAAAUACAUCCCAGGGUCCUUAGCAGAGAGAAGAGCCUCUGAAAACAGCAGGAUUAUCCCUGUGCCUGGCACUUACCCCACCCAGAGCUACCACUGCCCUUCGCCUCUGGCUCUUCCUGCUCACCCAGGUGCUCAGAAGCAGGGCUUUCAUCACAGCCACACUCCAGGACACGGCCUCACUCUGGGACACCAGGCACCUCAGCAGGGCUGUGCUGCAGGACACAGCCUCAGUUCUUCCCACUGCCAAGCCAGAGGUGCCUUUGGAGAGUGUUCUGGGCAGUGCUGCCAGCUGGGCAAAUUCCCUGUCCCACAGCCACCUGCAGCCACGGGCCUUCUGCCUGGUGUGCAGCAAGCACCAGGGUAUCCAGCAACCCCAGUGGCCCCUGUUUCAGCUGAAUUUACCAGAGUCCAGGUGUACUGAUCCUCCAGAGAGCAAAAUGAUUCACAUAGGGGCAGGACCACUGUGUGAGGCUCACACAGCAGUGCACUGCUGGCAUCUUUGCUGUGUCUGGGGUGGGUGUUGGAAUGGGUUGGUAGCUCCAGUGAAGGCCGUUCCCCUGCUCCCUGGCACAGUCUACUUGAAUUAUAUUUCCUUUAUAAUUUUUUUUUUACUUCUGGUGUGACUGGAUCGCCUCAGUGAACUUCUCACGCUUUUUAAGUCUUUCUUCUUUGCUGCAUUUAGCAGCUGCCUUUUUCCACAAGUCCCCUGGAGUUCCAGUGCACCAGCUCCCCAAGCCAAGGAAGGAACCUCACAGGCAAAACACUGAGCAAAUCUGGGGUUUCACUGGGCUGCAGCAGUAAGCACUUCCCAUUUACAUUCCUGUCUUUUUUACAGGUGUGAUGUAGCUAGAACCCAAAAGGAGUGGGAGUCAUAGGAGCCUUAGUUUGUAACCUAAAAUUAAAUGGAGGACAGAUGUCUGUUCUAUUGGUGACUUGUCUUCUAAGAGAGUGCCUUGAAGAGGGCUUGUUACACCAACCUGGGGCAUAGAAUACAGAAUAUUUUCUUCUGCACCAAAAUACAGCUCUAAAAUGCUGAAUGUCCUGUGCCUGCAUCAAUGGAUUACCUUCAUUUUCUGAAAGCACUGUACCAGCUCAGCCUGUGUCACCAGCACUUGAUAAAGCAACCUCAAAAGCCUGUGAAGUAGUGAGAGACUUUUCAGUAAGGGAUUUUGGCCCUUUGUGGAGCAAAUGUUUAUAAAUCCAAGGAGCUGGGAGGGACCUUAACAACGGGUUAGAAGAACUAAGUGGAAUGUAGCAGUGCUGUUGGGAGUGUAGAAAUCUCACCCACCAGUAUUAGCACAAUGUCUCUCUGUUUUUUUUCAGAGCUUGUGGGCAGGUGUGUGGGAGAGGGGAGUUUUCAGCCAGGGAUUUGCAAUAGGAUGCACUGUUUGGUGCCUGAGGCUGUAAUGAAGGAGUUGAGCUUUAUUGUCAGCAGUGUAGCCCACUGUCCAGUGCCCAGAGGAAUCUGCUGUCUCUGUGUCUGUAAAUCAGCCAGAAUCUCAGCAAUUGCCCUUGACUCUACUUGGAGUUUUGCUGUGCUCCAUAAAAAAAGUAUUCCAUGAAGCACAAAGUGCCAUUCUUGCUUUUGGAAAUGUUCUUGCAGUGCCUCACCCAUCCCCAGAAACUCAGCAGCCUCGGGGCUCCUCCCUGCUCUGGAUGAGCCUGGCCAGAGGCAGCACUGGCAGCUGCACUUUGCAAAGCACAUCCCUGCCUCAUUUUCCCAUCAUCAGGGUCUGAAGAAGCCCCAGGUUGUCAUCCAGCUGCUUUACUUCUCCAGCAGCCCCUGUGGAAUGACUGCCAUGGUCCCAUGUGGGAUGCAGGGGUUUCCUUUUGGAGGAGACCAAAGUCAAUGCUGAAACUUGCACCUCAGAUAAGUAAGACAUGAGGAAGGAGCUCUUCUUGUGAAGGUGAGCACCUUAGGCAGGGCUUUCAGCAGGAAGAUGCAGCAAUGUGGGAACCAGCUUGGAGUAGGGGGACAAUUCUGUCUCAUAGUUGAUUAUUUCAUUCCUCUGUGGGAUCACAAAGAGGUCCUGUUUUUCCUGCUGACAGCAAUUGCAUUGUUAUAUUUUUAGUGUGGAACAAGAGCGGGAUAAGGAGCUUGUUUGGAAUUCAAAAGCAUAUUUUUAAUACCAGGAAAGAAAUGCUAGACAUAACAUUGGAAUGUUGAUACUCCACUCCCAUUGGUGCCUUGGUUUUCCUCCUUGUGAAAUCCUUACCUGUUAAUUUAGGAAUUUUAUCACUGAUUUUUUUCCAGAAAAGUGAUGAGGAUCGAUAGCAAUCACAAAUGUUGUGUAUCUUCAAACUGUGAACUUGAAAUAGAAUCUGAA